AUGGACAUCGAGUCCACUUCUACACAACCACCACCAACCCCAAUUACCCGCCUCAACUCCUACGUCGCUGCCAGCCGCAUCGGGAGACGCUUCAAGCUGACCGAGCGCAAGAGCACCUUCACCACAGAGCUCCGUGCUGGCACCGCCACGUUCCUCACCAUGGCCUACAUCCUUGCCGUCAACGCCUCCAUCCUCUCCGACUCCGGCGGCACCUGCUCCAUCUCCGACUGCACCCCCAUAUGCUCCGACCCAUUGCUCUCCGCCCCUGACUGCCGCGCGAGCAACCUCACCCUCGUCCCCCCCACCCCCGCCUGCAAAUUCCCUCCCGUCAACCCGGGCUACGCCGCGUGCCUCGAGACCACCAAACGCGACCUCAUCGUGGCCACGGCCGCAUCCUCCAUAGUCGGCUGCGUGAUCAUGGGAGUGUUCGCCAACCUCCCCCUCGCCCUUGCCCCCGGGAUGGGCGCCAACGCCUACUUUGCCUACACCAUGGUCGGCUUCCACGGCUCCGGCGACCUCUCCUACCGGGAGGCCCUCGCUGUGGUCUUUGUGGAAGGCCUCAUCUUCCUCCUCAUCUCUGUUGUCGGCCUUCGUGCCAAGCUGGCCAAGAUGGUGCCCAAGCCGGUGCGCAUCUCGUCUUCAGCUGGGAUCGGCCUCUUCCUGGCCUUCAUCGGGCUGCAGAGCAGCGAGGGGAUCGGCCUCAUCGGCUACAGUCCCACCACUUACGUCACCCUCGGCGGCUGCCCCAGCUCCGCGCGUGCAGCCGUGGCACCCGUCGUUGCAUUCCCCAACGGCACCGUCUCCCUCAUCCCCGGCGGCAGUGUCUCGGAUAACAUCCUCUGCCUGCACGGGACGAUGCGCAGCCCCACCCUCUGGCUCGGCGUCGCUGGCUUCGUCCUCAUAGCCUACUGUCUGGUAAAAGAAGUGAAGGGCGCCAUCAUAUACGGCAUCGUCUUCGUCACCGCCGUCUCCUGGUUCAGGAACACCUCCGUGACGGCGUUCCCCCAGACUCCGGCCGGGGACGCCGCGUACCGAUAUUUCAAGAGAGUAGUGGACGCGCACGAGAUCGAGACCACGGCGGGAGCGCUGAGCUUCGCGGGGGUGGGGAGGCGGCGAUUCUGGGAGGCGGUGGCCACGUUUCUGUACGUGGACAUACUGGACACGACGGGGACACUGUGCUCGAUGGCGAGUUUCGCGGGACUCACGGACGGCAACGGAGAUUUCGAGGGGCAGUACUUUGCUUUCAUGGCUGACGCGUCGGCCAUCGUGGUGGGGUCGCUGCUGGGGACGUCGCCCGUGACGGCUUUCAUAGAGUCGUCGACGGGGAUAAGGGAGGGGGGACGCACGGGGCUCACGGCGCUGGCCGCUGCAGCCUACUUCGGGGCGGCCCUUUUCGUGACGCCGCUGCUGGCGUCGAUACCGGCGUGGGCGGUGGGGCCGCCGCUGGUGGGAGUGGGGGUGAUGAUGAUGAGGGCCACGGGGGAAGUGGAAUGGGGGGAUAUGAGAGAGGCCAUUCCCGCAUUCCUCACCAUGCUCUUGAUGCCCUUGACGUAUUCCAUCGCCUAUGGCUUCAUUGCUGGCAUCGGAAGCUACUUGGUUCUCAAUGCCUGGGAUUGGGCCCAGGGCUUGCUCCCACGCAUUGCAAAGGACAGGCCCACUAAAGAGGACGAGGCAUAG